AUGAGCCACCCUACCGUUGACGAUGGCUCUUUGGCCGAAGUCAUAAACUCCUUGAAAUCCAUCCAGCAGACUCAGUCUGACCUUGUGGCUGCUGUCGACUUGCUGAACCAACGAUACCAACAGCUGCCUGUUGAUUCUGAUGCAGCCACACUCGAUCCGAAUGCAUCCCUCAGCGAGAUCCCUGAAAGAUCUCGAACCCCCGAGCCUUCCGAUGCCGUUGGUGAAUCUGCCAAGAGCUCUUCGUCCGAUUUGACCUUGCAGGCCCCAGCUUUGCCCUCGUCACCCAGCCAGCGAUCCGGCCUCACUUCCCGCAUCAUCCUAACUGGUGGUUCUUACUCCAUCUACUAUGCCCUGGCUGUUGCCAGCAAGCAACUUAAUCUCGAGCAUAGACCCGACUUCACCAACACGGAGCCGGCUGCUAAGAUUGGUCCCUUCCCUCAAUGGGGAGAUCCCAAGAAGAUCGUCGCCAUGGAUCCCUGGGGCCAUCUGUCUCCCUGGCUCUUCAAGGACACUAUCGAGAAGCACAACGUCGACAUUCGCCCAACCAUCGCCAUCACUAAGGCACAUAUGAAGCUUCCCGAGCUGGAGGAGAGUGUCAAGAGUGGAAGACUUGUUCCUGACGGCAAAGUCUGCUUGAACGAGCUUGGAGAGCUGGCCGUAACCAAGUUCGCCGUCGAGCCGGUUUGGUAUCUCCCCGGCGUAGCUGAAAGAUUCGGCAUCGAUGAGGGGGCCUUGCGAAGGUCUCUUUUCGAACACACUGGUGGCAGCUACCCCGAGUUGAUUACCCGCAACGAUAUUAAAGUGUUUCUGCCCCCCAUAGGUGGUCUGACAGUAUACUGUUUCGGCGACCCGGCCAAAAUGUCCGACGAGUCAGUACGACUGGCAUUGCGAAUUCACGAUGAGUGCAAUGGUAGCGACGUUUUUGGAUCCGAUAUCUGCACAUGUCGCCCUUAUCUCAUAUUCGGCAUCGAAGAGGCAGUCAAGGAGGCGCAGAAUGGCGGGAGUGGUGUCGUUAUUUACUUCCGAAAAGAGGGCAGAGCCCUCGUCGUGUACAACGCUCGUAAGCGCGGAGAAGACCGAGCAUCGGACUACUUUAAGAGGACAGAGAACAUUGCUGGAGUGAAGGACAUGCGUUUCCAGGCUCUCAUGCCCGAUAUCCUGCACUGGCUCGGAAUCCGCAAGAUCGACAGAAUGCUGAGCAUGAGCAACAUGAAACAUGAUGCCAUUGUAGGACAAGGAAUUCCCAUUCACGAGCGUGUCGAGCUCCCCGAGGAGUGGAUUCCUGCAGAUUCUCGCGUCGAGAUUGAUGCAAAGAUUACUGCAGGAUACUUCACCGCCGGAAAGCGCAUGACCGAAGAAGAGUUAAGAGCUGUGCAGGGCAGGAUGUGGGAAGAUCUCGACCAUUAG